AUGUCAACAAACAGUGAUUAUGUACUUAACAACAAUGAUAAAAAUAUGAAUAAUGAUGAAUCAGCAACAUCACUCAUUAAAAUCGAUCCACCAUCAACAUAUCCAUCCAAUAAACGUGCAAUGCCAUCAACAUCAGACAAUAUAAUGCAAGAACAUAUACGUGUUAUAGCAGGUUGUGCAUCGAAUAUUUUAUCAUCUAUAGGCAUUAUAUUUCUUAAUAAAUAUAUAUUUUCUCAUUGUCAAAUAAAAACAAUGACAUUAACAGCUAUACAAAUGGCAUUUACAUCAUUAGGUCUUAUUAUAUGUUUACAAAUGAAUACAUUUGUACGUAAAUCAGUACCAAUAAUAAAAGUUUUACCAUUAGCAAUAGCAUUUUGUGCUUUUGUUGUAUUUACAAAUUUAUCAUUAGAACAUAAUACAAUAGGUACAUAUCAAUUAUUUAAAGUUUUAACAACACCAGUUGUUGCACUUAUAUCAUGGCAAUAUUAUAAAACAAAAUAUUCACGAAUGGUUAUAGCUACAUUAAUACCCGUUGUUGUUGGUGUAUGUACACAUUCCGUUAAUGAUAUUAAAUUAACAUUAAUGGGUACAAUAAUAGCAUCGAUUGGUGUAUUAGCAGCAUCACUUUAUCAAGUAUGGGUUGGUGAACGUUUAAAAGAUUUAGAUAUGAAUUCUCAACAAUUACUUUAUUAUCAAGCACCAUUAUCAGCAAUAAUACUUGUACCAUUGAUAUUAUUGAUGGAAAGUUUUCCAUCAUAUGCAACUAAUGAAGAACAACGAACAGCAAUAAUAACUGUUGUAACCUCGAGUAUUGUUGCAUUUGUGGUUAAUCUAUCAGUUUAUUGGGUUAUUAAAAAUACAUCAGCAUUGACUUAUAAUAUGAUUGGUCACCUGAAAACAAUAUCGAUUCUUGUUGGUGGUUUUCUUCUUUUUGAAGAUAGUCUUAAUUAUAAACAGUUUAUUGGUAUUUUACUUACAUUAUUCGGUUUAUUUUCUUAUACAUUUGUUCGUAUAAGUGAACAAAAUCAAUUACCAUGUCCUCGUUGGAAUGUAAAUCCGACGAAUAAUAUUGUUUAA